AAACCUAGUAUUUGGUUAGGGUUUGGAUUACUGUGACAUUCCCUUCCUGUUUCAAAGUGUGUAGCCCUGACAUUCCUACAUUUUUAACCCAACCUACAUAGCCUGUGGACAUUUCUGCAAACAAAAGAAUGGCUUCGUGAUCAAUUUACCAUACAUGUAAAUUAUCCGAUAUUCAGGAGCCAGCAUAUAAGGAACACCCCCGCGUCAUCAUCUGUCUAGCUUGUGUUGUGCUCUGACUGAUGACAGAUUCGACACAAAAGGCUGCCAUUAACUUGAAUAAAAUGAAGACUUUUUCAACUUCCCACAAAACUGUUUUUGUUGUGGACCACUGCCCAUAUAUGGCAGAGUCUUGCAGGCAGCAAGUGGAAUACGAUAUGUUGACUAAAACCCGGGCUCAAGGCAUCAUACCACUAGCUCCUGUCUCAAAAUCCCUGUGGACCUGUGCAGUGGAAUGUUCCAUGGAAUACUGCAGAAUACUGUUUGACAUCUACCCUUUUAAGAAAUUGGUUAAUUAUAUUGUAAGUGAUUCUGAAUUUCACUUUCUGAAUACCUGGAGCCAGGAAGAUCAAAAUGUACAAGAGCUGAUGUCGGCUCUAGCAGCUGUAGGACCCCCCAAUCCUCGUGAAGAUCCAGAAUGCUGCAGCAUCCUACAUGGCUUAGUGGCAGCAGUGGAAUCGCUCUGCAAGAUCACAGAGUAUCAGCACGAAGCCCGCACCACACUUAUGGACAAUGCAGAGCGUGUCACCAACAAAGGCAGAAUUAUCUGCAUCACCAAUGCAAAAAGUGACACUCAUGUGCGAAUGCUGGAGGACUGUGUCCAGGAGACGAUACAAGAACACAACAAAUUAGCAGCUGGCUCAGAUCGGUUAAUGCAGAUUCAGCAGUGUGAGCUGGUCCUUAUCCACACAUACCCACUUGGAGAUGACACACUAGUCUCGGAUCGUCCAAGAAAAGAGAUCUCCCCAGUCUUAACCAGCGAAGUGCAUAGCGUGCGAGCAGGAAGGCAUCUCGCUGGAAAGCUUAACAUUCUAGUUCAGCAGCACUUCGACCUGGCGUCCACCACCAUUACCAAUAUCCCUAUGAAGGAAGAACAACAUGCAAACACAUCCGCUAAUUAUGAUGUGGAGUUACUUCACCACAAAGAUGCACAUUUAGAAUUCAUUAGGAGUGGCGAGUUGCAUCCUCCAGGUAGUGCCAGCAGAGACAGCAGUCUAAAAGAGACUGUGACUUUAAAGUGGUGUACGCCAAGGACCAAUAGUGUUGAGCUCCAUUUCUGCACAGGAGCCUUCCGGAUUUCACCUGUGGAUGUGAACAGCAGACCGUCUUCCUGCCUAACAAACUUUCUUUUAAAUGGUCGCUCAGUGUUGUUGGAGCAGCCGAGGAAGUCAGGCUCCAAAGUGAUCAGCCACAUGCUGAGCAGCCACGGUGGGGAGAUCUUCCUUCAUGUAUUAAGCAGCACCCGCUCAACCCUGGAGGAUCCCCCAUCCAUCAGUGAGGGGUGUGGAGGGAGAGUCACAGACUACAGGAUUACAGACUUCGGAGAGUUUAUGAGGGAAAAUCGAUUGACUCCUUUCCCAGAGCCCAAGCAGAUCGAAGCAGCUGCAAGAACCCCCUUGGAGAGAGCUAAAGAUCAAUUGGAACGGCACACUCGCUAUUGGCCAAUGAUCAUCUCCCAGACCACAAUCUUUAACAUGCAAGCUGUGGUGCCUUUGGCCAGUUUAAUUGUGAAGGAAAGUUUGACUGAGGAGGAUGUGCUGACUUGUCAAAAGACUAUUUAUAAUUUAGUUGAUAUGGAGAGGAAGAAUGACCCCCUUCCUAUCUCUACAGUGGGUACAAGAGGAAAAGGACCUAAAAGAGAUGAACAGUACAGGAUCAUGUGGAAUGAGCUGGAGACCCUCGUCAGGGCUCAUAUUAACAGCACUGAGAGGCACCAGAGAGUCCUGGACUGCAUCGUGGCCUGUCGGAGCAAACCUCCCGAAGAAGAGGAGCGCAAGAAGAGAGGGAGGAAGAGGGAGGAGAAAGAGGACAAGUCUGAGAAGAAUGGAAAGGACGUGGAACCAGACAAGACGUGGCAGGAGUCUGAGAGGUUAAAAGGCUUGCUGGAGCGUGAGAAAGAGGAGCUGGCUGAAGCUGAAAUCAUUAAAGAUUCUCCUGACUCCCCUGAACCAUUAAACAAAAAACCCCGCCUGGCAAUAGAGGAAACGCCACCAGUGGAAAAAGCAAAAGGUCCUGUGUCAUUACUUGCUAUGUGGACCAGCAGGAUAAAUACAACCAAUUCCAGAAAACAUCAAGAGUUUGUUGGACGUUUAAACUCUGUAAACAACAAAGCUGAAUUAUACCAACACCUCAAAGAAGAAAAUGGGAAGGAUACUCAUGAAAAUGGAAAGGCUAGCAGAUAAUGAAGAUAACUGAGAAAGAGAGGAUUUUUACGACCAUGUGUUUCUUGAAUUAGCCCAGAAUAAUUUGUACAGAAUGAUUUUUUUGAUUUUAGUAUGAAUUAACAACCAAUUGGCUGUGGUUGACUGAAUUAUCCCAUCUUCCAUCUUUUGUAAUGUUUACAAGUACACACCACGUCAUCUACCUGUGGAAAGUGACAACUAGAGAUUCUUUUUACAAAAAAAAAAUGUUUUAUAAAGAUGCUUUCAGAGUUUGUGACAAAAUAAACUAAAGUAAUGUA